CCACGAACUAUCCGAUCGCCAUGGACAAGUAUGCCGAUCUCAAAUCCAUCUAAUUCAUGUUUCAAAAUGGCUGCGUCGAACACUGCGCGCAUAAUCGAUCUCGAGACGGAUCAAUCCGAAGCACAAGCAAAUCUUCAGUUUCAAGCAGACUUCACAGAUAGUGAAAUUGGGGGAACUGGAGCAGUGCCACAGCAGGUGUUCACUGGUUUCUCUGGAGAUGCAAUGAAUGACGACGACGAAGAGAGCGAAGAGCUUUUAAACAGAGAAAAGAAGCCCCCAUCUUUCUGGGAAUUCUCUUACUACCAAAGCCUUUUUGAUGUCACCACAAAGGAAGUGUUGGACCGCGUCCUGUGGUCUGCUCUGCCGCGUUUGGGCUCUGGCUCCACCUACCUCGAAAACCACAUCAAACCUAACCCUGACCUUUAUGGCCCAGUAUGGGUAGGAGUUACGCUGAUUGUGACCACAUCUGUAAGCAGCAAUGUUGCAAACUACCUCGAGUCUGUUGGGGAGACCAAGCAUUUUUGGCAUACUGACUACACAAGAGUGUCUUUCGCUUCGUCCGCCAUCUUGCUGUACAUCUUCCUGGUACCUCUGAUCCUGUGGGCAGGGCUGAAGUACCGCAGCAUUGAAACCCGCUUCACGCUCAUAGAGACGCUUUGCCUCUAUGGCUACUCUCUGUCCAUCUAUGUGCCAAUAUCUAUUUUGUGGGCAGUACAUCUGACGUGGCUAAGAUGGACGCUCAUGAUUUUUGGAGCACUGAUGUCGGGAAUUGUGCUGAUUUCUUCCCUCUGGCCUUCGCUUAGGGGGGAAACAAGAAAGAUGGCAGUGAUAACCAUCAGCCUUGUACUCCUGAUGCACGCCCUUUUGGCCUUGGGAUUCGUGGUGUACUUCUUCCAUGAAGCACAUGUCGAUCCAACUUCACCAUCAGUUUCAUCUCCAAGUGCACCAGCUGUAGUACCAAGCUCAGUACCUUCUAAUCUAAGUCAUGUUGUGACACGAAUGAGCAUUGUAAAUGGCACAAAUUUCACGAGUUCCACAAACUCCACCCAUCGGAUUUGAAGUGCUUGUUAACGCGGUUCAUGUUAAAUAAAGUUGUUUGUUUGUUA